UUCGUAGUAUCAAACCAAAAGUCUCAUUGCAAACCCUACGGACGCGCUAUGUACUGCAUCGAGCGCAGUCUUGAGCAGCUCGAGGACGUGAUGGAGAUUACAGUCCAUCCAUUGCCAGACUCAAGACUCCUGUUCACGAUUGCAAGUAAGAAAAUCCGCCCCAAGCGAUUCCGAAGCUUUCCAUGCGCCUCUCCCAGAGCACUUCCCAUCCCAUCAUAUACCACAAUUCAAGGAUCUACCGCAGAACCAUUUCCCAGUGGCCACCUGCUUCCUACGCAGGUGGGGGAGGAGGUGGCGGUGGAGGCGGUGGAACAUCUGAACACAAAGUUAGCCACGUAUUUUUGCUCUCAGCACACGCUUCAGGAUAUACCAUCAGCAGGUGGGGGCGGCGGGGGUGGCGGAGGUGGCGGAGGGGCGUCGUAUUGAGAGUGUUGCUGUUGUUGCCAGGGUGGCGCAGCUCCGCCAUAGCCUCCGGCUUGUCCAUUCGAUUGCCACGGCGGCGGAGCGCGGUUCUGCGACUGUUGUUGCCAAGGCGGGAUGCUGCCACCAGGAGGAGGUGGAGGGGGUGCAGCGUUGUAGCCACCAUUGUAGCCCCCGGACGAGCGAUCUUGUUGCUGCCACGGGGCAGGGUUUCCUCCCUGUUGACGAUUGGUUUGCCAGGGCGCGGGAGCACCGGUGGGUCCGCGUUGCCAGGGUCGGACGUUGCCGCCACCGGGAGCGUCGCCAUUUGCGCCUUCGCCUUGUCCAGCACCUUCCCAGCCAAUUUGCCUCGCCGGAUUCUGGCCUUCUCCCCCGCCGAGCUCGUUCAUGAGCUGCUCAUAGUCGUUAUCCAUGGAGUCGCCGACGCCGCGGCGGGGUGGGCCAGUAUUGCGCCAGUCUUGGCCCCGUUGGCGGUCGGGACAGUCACGCGCCAUAUGUCCGGCGUUUCCGCAGACUCGGCAGAUGAUGUUGGCGGUGAAGUUACGUGCUUCCGGGCAGUCGUAUUUGCGGUGGCCGAUAUUGCCGCAAUUCUGGCAGGCUUGGUUCUCGUCGUCACGAAGGGUACCGUUGAGGGCGGCAAGUUCGCGGAGCUGGUUGCGUUUGAGUUCGUUCUGGCCUUCGGGGAUGGAGGCGGCCUAGUGCAGGGUCAGCGAGGUCAUGUUUGUGUAUGCAGGGGGUGGAGAUAGACUUACCGUCUCGAUGACGUUGUGAAUCAGCUUCUUCGCCUUGUUAAUCUUCUCCUCCGUGUCCGCCAUGAUCAAACAGUGCAAAUCUUCGUCCUGAUUGCUAGCGUGGGCGGCAUCCGAUUUCCCCUUGCCCUCUUUCACCGAGCCUUUACCGCGGAUGGCGAUCUUGGCUCCCGACUCGGUUUCCAUCUUCUUGAGCGUAUUGCCACGCGGUCCGAUUAGUAGGCCAACUGUUAGUGGGAGAAAAGCUA